GCUCUGCUCAAAUCGGCUCGAACCGGAUUACAGGUGAAUCGAAGCGAGAGAAGCGCCGUGCCGGACCGUACUAGGUACUGGUUGAAGACGACAAGGCGCUGCGGAUACACGUGGGGAGAGCCCCCCCUCUAUUUCACACGCGCCGUUUACGUUCUGAGUAACCUGCUGCCCCUCUACUCAGUUCCCACCGAAGAGCAUUAAGGAAAAAGGGCGGCACCAUGAGUUCCCAAGGCGUGCCUCAGGACACCGAGCUGGACCUGAAAGACGUGGAGCUGAGCGACCUCGAUACUGAGAAGCAGCCUAUGAAUGCUUCCCCACCACUGGCUGGUUCCCCAGGCAGCUUGGGCGAGAAGAACGGGGUGGUGAAGGUGAAGGUGGCCGAGGAGGAGGAGGAGGGCGAGAUGGCCUCCAAGUUCACCGGCCUGUCCAAGGAAGAGCUGCUGCAGGUGGCCGGCACCCCUGGCUGGGUGCGCACCCGCUGGGCGCUCCUGAUCCUCUUCUGGCUGGGCUGGCUGGGCAUGCUGGCGGGGGCCAUCGUCAUCAUCGUCCAGGCCCCCCGCUGCAAGGACCUGCCCCAGCAGAAGUGGUGGCAGGAGGGGGGCAUCUACCGCAUCCAGCCCACCGAAAGGUUCCAAGACUCCAAUGCAGAUGGCGAGGGGGACCUGGCAGGCCUGAAACUGCGGAUGGAUUAUUUAAACUCUCUCAAGGUGAAAGGGGUGGUGAUUGGGCCUCUUCACAUCAAUGUUAAAGAUGAUCUGGCUGGGACGAACCUCCAAGCCAUCGACCCCAAAUUCGGCACAGCAGCAGAGUUCCAGGAGGUCCUUCAGGCUGCGAAGAAAAAGGGCCUCAAAGUAGUCUUGGACUUGACACCCAACUACAAAGGCCAGUCCCCUUGGUUCGGACCGGAGAUCCUUACUAGCAGUGACUUCCAAGACAAAAUGAAGGUGGCGAUAGACUUCUGGCUGAAGGAAGGGGUGUCCGGGAUCCAGAUUGGAAGCGUCGAGCAUGUCCUCAAUGAGACCCAGCUCUUGAUUGAUUGGAAGAACCUGACUGAGAAAUACGCCACUGAUGAACAUUCCAGGGUGUUGAUCGCAGCGACUCACAAAUGGGACCCCCAGAGCAUUUUCUCCCUCCUCAACGAGACGGAGGCGGUGGACCUGCUGACCAGCCAGUACCUCCUGGGACUGGGAGAGGAUGGCCAGGGUGACACUUCUGCCCACUUGGUCAACAGCUACAUCCAAGCUGCUGGGGAGAAGUGGCCCAGUUGGAGCGUGGGCAGAGCCGGGCUUGUGGGGGAACACCUUCUCCGCCUGUACCACAUGCUUGUCUACACGCUGCCGGGGACUCCCUUCACCGACUUUGGCGAUGAGAUCGGGCUGCGGGACUUGCCAGGCCGGCCUGCAGAGUCCACGCUUGUUCGCAUGCAGUGGGACGAUACCAUAAAUUUUGGGUUCUCCAAGGUUCCACAGCUGAGUGACCAACAACAACAACAGAGUGCUGCAGAGAGCAAUGUCACCGUAAAGUCUCAGAGUGGAGAUGAAUCUUCCAUCUUGAAGCUCUUCCGGGACUUGAGUGAGCUGCGUGGGAAAGAGCGCUCCCUUCUUCAUGGUGAUUUCUGGACAGCUGGCUCCUCUGCACCGAGUGUCUUCGCUUACCUACGUGUCUGGGAUCAGAACAAGCGCUACCUGGUGGUGCUCAAUUUCGAUAUCAAACCCGCCACAGUCUCCCUCACACACCAUCUGCUGCCCACGGAAGCCACAGCAGAGCUCAGCACCCUCCCGCAUCGGGAGCUGAAACAGCAGCUCAGUUUGGCAGAGCUCAGUUUGGGUCCCUCAGAAGGGCUGUUACUUAGUUUCCCUUAUGUGGCCUAGUUUGACACCAGACACCUCUUGUUCUGGGGGAGGGGAGCAGAAGGUGGGUUAAGCUAUUAUCCUUAGUGGGGCAGCACUGAGACCUUAAGGAUAUAGCUUCAACAACAGUCUGUCUGAACUUAACUGUCUUUUCUCUCCCCACCCACAUCCCCUGGUUUUGUACAUUCCUCAAAUGGCUAAUAUGUGGGAGAAAGAUGCUCUCUUAACAUGUGUCAUUCUAAAAUAAUUCUACUACUGAUGUGUGCUUGUGUGUGUGAUUGAGAGAGAGAGUUGGGAGGGGACAGUGGAGAUCAUCUGGGGGUCAAUUCCUUGGUUAUUUUUGUGUGUGUCACAUGUCCUUGGCCCAGGGAGGGGUGAUGAUAGCAGCUUGGUUUUUAUUCAGUUCACGAGCUCCUCUCCCCUUUCAGGUCUGUGUACUUUAUGCAAUAGUGUUCAGUCUGUUGUUUUGUAUACCCCCCCACUUUCCCGAAAGUGUUGGAGAUUGACAUGGAGUAAAUUAAUAAACUUUUAUCUUUGCA